AUGGCAGACGUCUCUGGCGCCAUCACCCCAGCCAGCUGCAGGCGCUGUCUGUCUCCAACUGCGGUGGUGGUCCAUGACGCCAUCCAAGAGGACACAGUGCAGCAGGAUGGGGCACCAACCAUGGAUGGCAUGGCAGUUCGAAUUCAGUUCUUGAACAAGUCCAUCCUCAGGUUUCCUUCCAACCUCCGAAGGAUCGCUGCAGACAAGGACUACAUCGCCCCGAGGACCGUGGCUCUUGGUCCCUACUACCAUGGCCUCCGCAAGCUCCAGGCGAUGGAGGAAGUGAAGCGCACGGCCGUCGGCUUCUUCUUCCAGGGACUGGCUGCAGCUGCUGCUGGUGCCGCCGCCGAGUCGCGGGAGUCAGCCUACCAGAAGAUGGUUCCCAUCGCACGCCAAGUCCGUGGCUGGUACGCCGACGCCGCAGGUAUCGCUACCCACGACGACGAUGCGUUUACUACCAUGAUGUUCGUCGAUGGAUGCUUUCUGGUGCAGUUCAUCGGCACCAUGCUGCGUAAAGGAGUUGAAGAGACAGCUGCUGCUUCUCCGCUGAGAAGCAUGAUUCAGCCACACCUGCUGGGCAUAAUGAGGGACAUGAUGCUGCUCGAGAACCAGAUCCCAUGGCCGGUGAUGGAGUUCUUCAUGCGCCUGCAGGGCUUGCAGACCAAACACAUCAUAGCCUUGCUGGUGUCAUGGGGCCUCGAGGGCAGAGUGUGGCGGGACUCACAGGAACCACUGUCUCUGGUCGACAUUGACGAAAGGUACACCCCAUCACAUCUCCUUUGCCUCAUCCGCUUCUACAAAGUCGGCAGCGCCUGCGGCAGCGGCGGCGGCGGCGGCAGAAGAAGAAGAAGAAGGAAUGGAGAGGAGGGCAUCUCCGGCAAGGCUGUGCCCAUAUCUACCAGCGCGGCGGAGCUGGCCGAGAUGGGCAUCAAGCUGAGAGCCAGGGAGAAGACGACCAAGCUGUCGGAUAUGAACCUCAUCAAGGGCCCCUUGUUCGCCACGCUGUCCCUGCCGCCGCUGUACGUGGACAGCCUCGCCGCCAACUGGCUCGUCAACAUGGCGGCGUUCGAGAUGUGCACGGAGGCGAGCUCCACGGACGAGUACGCCGUCAACUCGUACCUCUCCGUGCUGUCGCUGCUGAUGAACCAGGAGAACGACGUGCGCGAGCUGCGCGUGAAGCACAUCGUGCACGGCUUCUUCGGCGACGAGGAGACGCUCGAGUUCUUCAAGAGCCUCACCCCGAUUCUGUACCUAGAUGGCCAGGCCUACCUUCGGAUCAUCGUGGACCUUGAGGCCUACAGGCAGAAGCGGCGUGCUUGGAUAGCCGUCUACAGUUUCCUCUACAACAACGCCAAGACCAUUGCGACGGUGCUGUCCAUCGUCGGGGUGCUGGUGGGCAUCUUCAAGGCGCUCUACUCGCUCAAGAAACAACAGAUGUGA